CCCCUCUGCGCGCCACGGUUCAGUCGCCUGCAGUUCUCCGAGGAAACUGGAGAGACCGCAGGGCUGAGCCACGCCGCCUGGGGACAAUGGGGCUGCGGCGCCUGCUGCUCCUGGCCGCCGGCCUUAGCCUCUGCGACCCCCUGCUGUCCGCCCGCGUUCGGGAGCUCCCGCCAGAGCCAGAAGUAACAGGUGUUACUGUAAAACCCCGCUCCUUUUAUCUCAGGAAUCCAAGUGAAAAUGUAUUUGAGCAGUUCCCCCUGGAGGAGGAUGAGGACAAAAAUGAAAGUGCUUUGCCUGAGGGCAGGUCAGUCUCUGCCAAUAAAAGCAGUUUUCUUCCUAAACCACCUGCUCCCUACAUCUCCAAAGACGCCUCAGGAUAUCUGACCAGCCCCUGGCUGACGCUCUUCAUCCCUUCUGUUUACACCUGCGUGUUCAUAGUCAGCCUUCCUUUGAACAUCCUGGCCAUGGCUGUGUUCAUCCUGAAGAUGAAGGUCAAGAAGCCUGCCGUGGUGUACAUGCUGCACCUGGCCACGGCCGAUGUGCUGUUUGUGUCUGUGCUCCCCUUCAAGAUCAGCUACUACUUUUCGGGCAGUGAUUGGCAGUUCGGGUCUGGAAUGUGUCGCUUCACCACUGCAGCAUUUUACUGUAAUAUGUACGCGUCCAUCAUGCUCAUGACUGUCAUAAGCAUCGACCGGUUCCUGGCAGUGGUGUACCCCAUCCAGUCCCUGUCCUGGCGCACUCUGGGCAGAGCUUCCUUCACUUGCCUGGUCAUUUGGGCACUGGCCAUCAUGGGGGUGGUGCCUCUUCUUCUCAAGGAGCAGACCACCCAGGUCCCAGGGCUCAACAUCACCACCUGUCACGAUGUCCUCAAUGAAACUCUGCUCCAAGGCUUCUAUGCCUACUAUUUUUCAGCCUUCUCUGCGGUCUUCUUUUUUAUACCAUUGGUCAUUUCCACCAUCUGCUAUGUAUCUAUUAUUCGGUGUCUCAGCUCCUCAACAGUUGCCAACAGGAGCAAGAAAUCCCGGGCUUUGUUCCUGUCAGCCACUGUAUUCUGCAUCUUCAUCAUCUGCUUUGGCCCCACCAAUGUCCUCCUCAUUGCACAUUACUUAUUUCUCUCUGACAGUCCCACCACAGAGGCAGCCUACUUUGCUUACCUCCUCUGCGUCUGUGUGAGCAGCCUGAGCUGCUGCAUUGACCCUUUGAUUUACUACUAUGCUUCCUGCGAGUGCCAGAGGCACCUCUACAGCAUCUUGUGCUGCAAAGAAAGUUCGGAUCCCAACAGCUACAACAGCAGCGGGCAGCUGAUGCCAAAUAAAAUGGAUAUCAGCUCUAGUCACCUGAACAACAGCAUAUACAAAAAGUUGUUAACUUAGGAAAAGGGACUGCUAGUGGGUAACAAAGAAGAAGCUGAAAAAGUAGACCCUGAGGUUGGCCUGUUAGUCCCUGGCAGAAACUAUACUGACUUCACCACCUAAAACAACUGUCUGAUUUGCAUGCCUACCUCUUACAAGAGCCAUCAAGCAUGUAUAGCAAUUAAUUACCAGAAAAGGUAAUAGGAAGAGAGGACAGGGUUUUCCAAGGGAGUGUUGCCAGGGCUACACUAGUAACUGAGUGUCACUUCUUAUGUAUCUAGGUGACAAAUAUGUAUGUUGCAUGCAUACACACGUAUUAUUUGCAGUGCACUAUGGAAUAGAUACUCUGACACCUUGGUUUUUUCCCUUACCAAUUAUUAUGGAAAUAAUUAAUUCUCUGACUUAAUGUACAAAGUCUAGGAUGAUAGAAUUUAACA